UCUCCUCCUCCUCCUCCUCCUCCUCCUCCCGCUCCAACUCUCCGGAGUUUGUCCAUCGCCGCGUCCGCGCAAACAAACCGUCUUUUCUCCGGAUCUAUCGCCUCCUUCGAAGCCGAACCUCCACCGUGUCCGUGUUGGACUUUUACCGGAGCGACAGUCAUUCCCGGCAGCAGCUCACGGAACCGGACCGUGCCGGAGGAGGAACAGGGCGUCCCGUCGAAGUCACCAUGGAAGUUCCUGGUAUGCAGAGUUCUCAGAUUGAUCCAGAAGAGUUGUUCACCAAACUGGAUCGGAUUGGAAAAGGAUCUUUUGGAGAGGUGUUUAAAGGCAUCGAUAAUCGCACCCAGAGCGUCGUGGCCAUAAAGACGAUCGACCUGGAGGAGGCGGAGGAUGAGAUCGAGGACAUCCAGCAGGAGAUCACGGUGCUCAGCCAGUGUGACAGUCCCUACAUCACCAAGUACUACGGGUCCUACCUGAAGGGCAGCAAACUGUGGAUCAUCAUGGAGUAUCUUGGAGGAGGAUCAGCGCUCGACUUGCUGCGAGCCGGUCCGUUCGACGAGUCUCAGAUCGCCACCAUGCUGAAGGAGAUCCUGAAGGGACUGGACUAUCUGCACUCUGAGAAGAAGAUCCACAGAGACAUCAAAGCUGCCAACGUCCUGCUGUCGGAGCACGGUCAGGUCAAACUGGCCGACUUCGGAGUGGCCGGUCAGCUGACGGACACUCAGAUCAAGAGGGAAACCUUCGUAGGAACGCCGUUCUGGAUGGCGCCAGAGGUCAUCCAGCAGUCAGCCUACGACUCCAAGGCCGACAUUUGGUCUCUGGGCAUCACGGCCAUCGAACUCGCCAAAGGAGAACCUCCAAACUCCGACAUGCAUCCAAUGAGAGUCCUCUUCCACAUCCCCAAAUCUCCUCCUCCCACGCUGACCGGGGAUUUCUCCAAGAGCUUCAAGGAGUUCACCGAGUCCUGCCUCAACAAAGACCCCGCCUUCCGUCCGACAGCCAAAGAGCUCCUGAAACACAAGUUCAUCGUGAAACACUGCAAGAAGACGUCGUACCUGAGCGAGCUGAUCGACAGGUUCAGGAGGUGGAAGCAGGAAGGACACAGCGACAGCAGCUCCGACGACUCUGAAGGCGAGUCCAGCAACAAGGAGAACAGCGAGUCUCCAGAGUGGUCCUUCACCACCGUCAGGAAGAAGAAGCCGGACGGACGGAACGCCCUCAACGGAGUGGGUCAGGAUCAGCUGAGUAAAUCUGCCAGUCUGACUACAGUCAUCUCUCCUGUCUUCACUGAGUUGAAACAGCAACACAAGGAGCACUCUGAGCAGCGAUUGGCCAUCGAGGAGUUGGAACGCAACAUCCGAUUGGCUGAAGAAGUGUGUCCAGGCAUCACGGACAGGAUGGUCAAACACAUCAUUGCCAGGUACCAGAAAUUUACAACAAACUGAAGGACGGUCGGUGGACAGACGAAGCAGAGACUGUGUCUCCGUACGGCUGCUGGACGAUGGAAGGAGGAGAUUUGCUGUGCGAUGCCUCCUCGCUGUACACACAUCUCCACACACACACUACUAAUGUAAUAUAUAUACGCAAUAUUAUAUAUAAAUAUAUAUUCACUGCUGCUGGUUGAAAACCUUUUUCUCCAUCGGAACUUUUGAAAUAACAAUCUGAGUAGUUUUUUUUAGGUUGUGAACUUCUCUCCCUUUCCUUUUUGAAUGACUUCUUCUUGAGCUUGAAUGUGUUAAACUAAAGCAGACUGACCUCAGUCUGUCAGGACCAUCAUGUGCCUUAACUCCUUUUGCUAUCAGUGAUUUUCUACCAGAAUGCCUUGCUGUUUUUCGUAGAGAUUUUGUCAGAAGUGUAAUUCCAGAGGAGGUUCUCGUCCAUCAGCAGUGGUUUGUUUUGUGUCCAGACUUGCUUUGAGUCUGUAGAUGUUCUAUGUUUGUUCAGUAGCACUUGAGACAGAUUAUAUGCCAAUAUUACAAUGUUGUCUUCAGUAAUGCUUUUAGAUUACAGUUCCCUGUUUGCAGAAUUCAGUCAACAUCAGUUUCAUUCCUUGAACUGAGUGGAGAUUCUUCAGCUUUCCUCAGAUAUCCGCAGCAUCCUUCAACAUUCAACUGUAAACUCGUACAAACCUAAGAAUUACUGAAACUAUUUUAUGUCCAGUGAAAACUAAUGAACUUUAAGGAAGACACCGGGUUCGUGCCAUCAUUUCUGGAAGCUAACAGACCUUAGCUGGACAAGGCGGCUAGUAUCUUGCUAAUCAGUGAGCUAGCUAGCUGUUGUUGUCGUAACCACUCAAAGUAAUUAGCAAAGUUUAAGUUUGCAAGUUAGGAAAAACAUUUACAAUAUUUAUUAUUACUUGAAUAAUUCAAACAAAAAACUUCCUGAGAAUAAAAUCCCCAGACCCUACCCAGGCUAGGUAGCUAGUAGCUUGCUAAUCAGUGAGCUAGCUAGCUGUUGUUGUAGCCACCCAAAUAAUAAGUAAAAUUUACGUUUGCAUUUUUUUUUUUUACAAAUGUACAGUCCUUGCUAACAAAAUGACACUCUGCAACACAUUAGCUUAGCUUAGUUUAGCAUAAAGACUGGACACUUGUCAGGCUAUUUAGCUAUUAGCUUGCUAGCUAGAAAGCAAGCUUGCUGUUGCUACCCAAAGAAAAUUAUUAGUUUAAGUUAGCAAAUUAGGACUAAUUUACAGUCUCUAUUGUUAAAUUACAUUGUACAGCAUGUUAGCUUAGCAUAAAGACUGGAUGCAGCGUCUUCAGGGUCGUUGCAGGUUUCAAAUGUAAUCAAAAACUACAGAUUAGUGGGACCAGUAAAAUAUUAUGACAACAAACUUUCACAGUUCCUGGACUAAAGUACCUGAACCGUACCUGUCUAGGCAGCUAUUAGCUUGCUAACCAAUAAGCUAAAUAGCUAUUGUUGUAGCCGUAAACAAGAAUGGGAGAAAUCUUGACUUUGCUUUGGGGUCUUUCAUUGAUUUCUGGGAUUUUCUGCUGCAGUUUUUGGGUAUAUUAAGAUUUCAGUGAUGGAAAGAGCUGCAAGUAAAACACAAAUAUCUUUUCCAACACACGUCAAGUUUGGGAAGACGUUAACACCCAGAUUCUGUGUAAGCGCAUGAAGGAGCUGUAAUCAGAGGUAUUACUGACAGUUUGUACCAAAGACACUAUAAAACUUGGUCACUGUAUAGUUUUGUCUUUUUAUAUAUCAUAAGGGAUACGACAACGCUUGUUGAGGGGGGAAAUGUAAAAAUUAAAGAUGUAAGAUUUUACAGUAACAUACUCUUUUUGUAGCGGGACUUAGAGUUUUAUGAAUAAAUAUUUAAGUUUGAUUGAAAAA